AUGGCUCCUCGUCGUAAGCGCGAUGACUCCACCGAGCCAUCGACGCCAGCAAAAAAGUCGAAGACCGAAACAGAUUUCGACCUCUCAGACCAGCCAACCAUAACAAUAGUCAUUGAGGACGGCGAGCAAAACAAGGCCUUCUACAUCCACAAACAUCUGCUCGUGAAGUGUUUCGAAGACUUCCGGGAGAAGCUUGAGGGUGUGGACGAAGCCAAGCCAUUGGUUCUGCGCAAUGUCUACGUGGAGAUCUUCGGAAUCGUUUCGAGAUGGAUCUACAGACAGGAGCUCCUGAUCGAGGACUACGAGGAAGCGCUAAAGCAUCCCAGACGGAAGUACAAGCCGGCGACUCUACCAGUGACGAAUGCUACAGAAAUAGCUCCCGCCGGACAGACACCGUCGUCAGCUGCCAGCACUGACGAUGCCAUUCAAGAUGGCAGUGAGGCCGAAGUCGAGACCGCUGUAACCAAAGCCGACAAGUUGGAGGGUCCAGAAGCCGAGGAGGAAUCGCGAUGGUACUCACAAGGAACCUACUACCAUCAAGUCUUCGGACAAAUCGCGGAUGUGUACGUGUUUGCUGUCUUUUACAAAGCUCGAGAGCUCCGGCACGGCGCCAUGCUGUUGCUGCAACGUUUCGUAGCUGCAACGAAAAUCAUACCAAGUUUGGACAUGGUUAAGGUCAUCGUGAAGCGGCUAGGCAUGGACAAGCCGCUCAGCAAAUGGCUAGCGCGAGUCAUCGCCUUCAGCCACAGAACCGAAUGGGGAACGCAAGAGAGUAUGAAAGCUCUGCCUCGUGCCUUCCUGGCCGAGGUUCUGAAGAUCACCGUAUCCUUGCGUGACGAUCGUCAUCUGACCAAACAUUACGAGGAGGACUACUGCGAGCAUCAUGAGCACUUGAACGAGGAAGACCGAAAUAGAUGCCAGGAAUCCCGAAAGAACGACUAUGACAUGAUACUACAACAUCAAAAACUCAAGGUCGGCAGAUAUAAUUACGUUACGACCUGGACGAAUGUCGACCUUGGUCCUGACCUGUCUUACGACUUCAUCCUGCAGAAGGACCUUAUUCAGCAACUCUCCUGGUGGUCGAGCUCUGACCUUGUUGAAAUAUGCCAGAAAGCACAAGAGCUGAAUGCAAAAAGGACUGAGGCUGAGUGGGCGAAAGCUAUGGAGCUGUCGUAUCGACGCUACCCAUCUCGACGCCCGAGUCGAUAA